CCGCGCGCAGUUUGAAUCGCUGUGGGAGGAGCGGAGGCCGUUGGCGGUGGCAGCGGGGCGUGAGGGGCUGCGCUGCUCUGUGUCGUGUGGGGACGCUUGCGGCCCCGCGUCAUGGCGUUGGAUCUGGACGGGAGGUUGCGGCGGAGCAAAGACCGCUUCCAGACGUCCAUCCUCAGCAUCUUGGAACGGUAUAAUUAUCCUUUUGAAGAUGACUUCCUUGUUUCCAUCGAAACCCUCACUUAUGACACACCUGAUGGACCAAAACAGUGGGGAGAACUAUCACUCCAGGAGCUCAGAAAACUAUUUAAGCGUCAUGUAAGGAGUAAAAGGACUGAAGAUCAAACUGUAGGUGAAGAAAGUGAUGCUGAGAUAGUGAGAAGAAGAUUUGAAGAUAUUCACGUCCAGAGUCUGGAUGAAGAUGAUGCAGAAGUGGGAAAGAAAGUACAGGUUCAAGUAGAUGUGAUAGUACAAGAUGAUGAAAGAAGAAUUCCCAAAUGGAUUACGUUAACACCUUCAUCAAGUCAUUGCACUUCACCAGCGCGAGGACUGUUAGGCAACAAAAGCAGUCCUUGCAGAAAUAAAGCAGAAUUGGCAAAUGAAUGUUCUUCUUCCAGCCCUCACCAGUUACAACUUUCUGAUGUUCCUAUGUUACCAGAUGUAAUAACACUACCCAGGCAUCAAUCUUUUCAAGAAAUGAAUGAAACUUGCUAUAAUAGUACAUUGGAAGAAUAUCAGUCUGCAGAUGAAGGUUGUUCCUGGAGUAACGUAACACUUGCAGACUUGUAUCCUAAAAUGGUAGAGGUGCUGACAAAGCUUAUGACAAGGGAAAAUCGGAUAAAAGCAUUUAAAUACAUGUUCAGACUCCAUAGGCACAAAAGAGGGCAUGGUAAAAGACCGAAGCUCAGUAUCACCGUGGAAAAAAUAAAGAAGUUCAGACCACUCAAAUUGAAGAAAUCAUUACCCAGCAUAUGCAGCAGUAGUGAAGACAUCCAGAAUCAAACUUUUGGAAAUAAUGUAAACAAGAAUAGCAGGCCUUGUGAUAAUCAGUGUUUUAUUAAUAACUCAUCUGGUCUGGUACCAUUUUCACGCAGUGACACAAGUGAAAUGGAAAUGGACUGCUCUGAUUCAAGUUCUGAUUAUCAUUUGGUAUCUGGAAAGGACCAAAGGCUUUCUGAACUGAUUGCUGUUCCUAAUGCUUUGGCUAGAAUAGGAGAGACUUUUCUAGCAGAAGAUCAAUUACAGACAACUGUCUCAUGGAACAGUUCAAAAUAUAACAAAAGUGGAAACUUGACUUACAAACAUUCUUUGAAACCACCUUUUAGAACAUCUGCCAGUUCUGGGUCAGCGGUGCAUCAUCUGGACAAAGAAAGUAAAACUCAAAAAAAUGACUUUCCUUCUAACGAUACAUCAGGUUUUUGCUCAUCUACUUGUAGUAUUGUUAGCGAUAGUAACACUUUGACACCAGUCAAAGACUGUUAUCUUGCAUCAGGUGCAUUGCUCAUAAAUCCUGAAAUAAAAAUUUUUGAGAAGCAAAAUUGUCUCCAACGCAGACACUCAUUUUCUUCAUUGUCUGUGAAGCAGAGUCCUUCAAAGACACCCCAGAAAUAUGAAGAUGCGUUUGAGAAACUCUACUACAAACUGUGUUCCAGAGGAAGCCAAAAGCCCUUGACACUGACAAAACUGCCUUCAAGCUCACACAAACUUGAAGAGAAAGGAGGAAUCGUGAAGAAUACUUUCAGUGAUUCUUUGAGGUCCAAUAUACAGUAUGACAUUGCAUUUGAGAAGAUUUAUCAGCAGUUGUCUACUGAGGUGGUGCCAAAAAUUCCUGGUUUCCAAAGAGCUUCAAAUUUAAGGAAAUAUGAAGGAAUACAGAUGUCAGAAACUGUAAAUGCUCUUGUUAACUCACCCAUUCGAUCUUUAUAUGCAAUUCCCAGAGUUAAGAGACUAGGAAAUUUUCAAAAUGAUCUUCUUUCUUCACCAGUAAAGCGACUGAAAAAUAUACCUGAACAUUUUUUUUCAACCGAAUGUCAGCAGAUUUCUCACAAGAAAUACGGUGAUCUUCAGACAGUUGGCAUGGAUUUUGUUAGCCUACACAAUCGCAGUAGCACCAGAUUUUUUAACGGUCGCAACUGUCAUCAUCAGGACUCCGGGUUUCACGCUUCUUCAGAUAAAACUUUUCUUGUUAUUCCCGAUGAUUCCUUGAAAGAAUCGGAGUAUGCACAUGUCUGCUGUAGUUCUCCCAGGGCAAUACCAAAUUACAGCAGCCCUCAGAAUGCACUGAAACACCCCCAAAAGGUAUCCAGAAAGCUAAGCUACACCGAUGGGAAGGACAGAAAUCCUAGCAAUCCGUUAGACGACGCCUCGAUCAAAACUCACCAAGGAACCUUCAUGGCAUACAGAGAAAAUGGCUUUGUUUUCUAGUUUUUGUUUGUGGCUUGCUUGUUUUCUCAAAACUCACAGAAGUAUUAAUACAACUUAAGUAUUUUAAGGAAGAAAUCCUUAUUAGAUAGGAAUCUUACUGUAAUACUCAAUUAAUGCUGAUUUAUUCUUCCCUGUAACAUAAAUCUUCAGGAACUAAUUCCAGCCUUCUUCUUACAGUGCCCUUCAUAAUUCUUGGGCUUUAUCAGGUGUUGCAAGGAACCAGAUUUCCUUUCUAUAAAUUUGUUUGAAUUACAUGGUUAGCAGUAUUUAUAAUAUUAUAAUGUUAUCUUUUAAUCUGCUGAUAAACUUUUAUGAUUCAGUUUUGAUUUUAGUCUUGAUUCUUAAUCUACUAGUACUAAGACCUUAACAAACUCAGCAUCUGCUGAAUUCUGUCCCCUUCCUUUUAUGCAGACAUGUUAAUAUGAAAUGCCCGAAAUAAACUUAAGCUAGGUAGUUAUAUUCCUCUAUGUCCUUUCAAAAUUCUACCUGACGUUCUAUAUAUUCUCAAUAAAUACAUGUUCUGAAGAAA